GAGCCACAUUCCUGCUUUGCAAGGCUUUCUGUUAAGGAUGUAUUGUGGCUUUUGUUUGGAUUGCAGCAUGCAGAAUUACAGGUAAAUUCUGAAAUUGAGCUAAACAGAUAAAUUCUGUUGAAAUGUUUGCAAAGAGGCAGGAGUAUUACGUUGGAUUCAGUGAAGAAAAUAAAUUAUCUUGGCUGGUUUUAUUUGUGGUAAUUGUAGUUAAACGUUUUCAGCAAUGGUGUAGCAAAUUUUCUUUUCUGCCCUGGAAGGCUCAAAUGAAAGGAAAAGGGGAUGGAUUGAUCUGAAUUUGAUUGAUUCUAUUUUAUAAUAAUCUCAAAAGCCUGCGGUGGCUAUUCCUUCCUUCUAGAGUCAGGAGCAGUGAAUAUAAGGGUGCUGGUGAGGGUAGCGGUGAAGAGCGGAAUUAAGAGGGAUAGAGUGGGAGGGUGGUGCCAGCCUGGGCUAGCCAAGUUCUUUGAUUAGGGCAUUGAAUACAAAACAUAAAAUGCUCUCUCCUUUUCUUCUGUCAGCUGCUCAGAGGAGACUCAUUGCGACUCCUGCUGAAGCUCCUCAUCUUCCUCCCUUAUCUCCUGUCCCUCCUCCCUACCCUCACUUGGCCUGAAGACGUUGUCCCCAGAGUUUGCCCUACCUCUCUGGUGCUGUGUGUGUGGUGAACCAGGUACUAUGGCCACGUCUGAGACUGGCCAGACAACUGCUGCUGGCGCUCCCUAUUCCAGGAAGGAUUUAAAGGGGAAUUGCACUGCAGGCAAUGCACCAGAGUGGCAGCAUCAGGAGCUGGGGAAGUAAGGCUCCUCUGGAAUUAGUGCACGCAUGCAAGCUGACCGCAAUGACAGCAGCUGCUCCUUGGAACUGCAGGCAGCAGCCAGGCGGCAGCAUGAAGUGAGAGGUCACUGCCGAGCUCAAGAUGAACUCCAACUCCACCCUGGAUGGUAAUCAGAGCAGCCACCCUUUUUGCCUCUUGGCAUUUGGCUAUUUGGAAACUGUCGAUUUUUGCCUAUUGGAAGUGUUAAUUAUUGUUUUCCUAACUGUGUUGAUAAUUUCUGGCAACAUUGUUGUGAUCUUUGUGUCUCACUGUGCACCUUUGCUGAACCAUCAUACCACCAGUUACUUUAUCCAGACUAUGGCGUAUGCUGACCUUUUGGUUGGAGUAAGCUGCCUGGUCCCUUCUUUAUCACUCCUCCACUACCCACUUCCAGUAGAGGAGUCACUGACUUGCAAGAUAUUUGGUUUUGUGGUGUCCGUUCUGAAGAGUGUCUCCAUGGCCUCUCUGGCCUGCAUCAGCAUCGAUAGAUACAUUGCCAUCACUAAACCCUUAACGUACAAUACACUGGUUACGCCCUGGAGAUUACGUCUGUGUAUUUUCUUUAUUUGGCUGUACUCCAGCCUGAUCUUCCUGCCUUCUUUUUUCCACUGGGGCAAACCUGGAUAUCAUGGAGAUGUGUUUCAGUGGUGUGCAGAGUCCUGGUACACCGACCCCUACUUCACCCUGUUCAUCGUGAUGAUGCUGUACGCUCCAGCAGCCCUCGUUGUGUGCUUCACCUAUUUCAACAUCUUCCGCAUCUGCCAACAGCACACAAAGGAAAUCAGCGAGAGGCAAGCCCGGUUCAGCUGCCAGAGCGGCGAGACUGGGGAGGCCCAGGCCUGUCCUGACAAGCGCUAUGCUAUGGUCCUCUUCCGCAUCACUAGCGUGUUCUACAUCCUGUGGUUGCCGUACAUCAUCUACUUCUUGUUGGAGAGCUCCACUGGCCGCAGAAACCACUUUGCAUCCUUCUUGACCACCUGGCUGGCUAUUAGUAACAGUUUCUGCAAUUGUGUCAUUUAUAGUCUCUCCAACAGUGUCUUCCAAAGGGGCCUGAAGCACCUCUCCGGGGCCAUGUGUGCUUCUUGUACAAGUCACACCGCAGCCAAGGAUCCUUACACAGUUAGGAGCAAGGGCCCCCUCAACGGGUAUCACAUCUAAGAUGACUCAGAUGUUCAGUCACUCUGGGGGUGUGACUUUUUUGUCCUCCUUUUUAUUCCUAGUUUACCAGGAAAUCUGGGACAGAAUAAUUUGACUCUUAGCAAUAGCUAAUAAAUAAUCCAUGCAGACACCUUCUCUAAGUUGGCUGUUGUGAUUUUGAAUCAGAAGAGUCAGUAUCAUGGAAAUGAAUUGCUCUUGGUUCCAAUUUUUGAAAUGUCAUGGAAGUGACUACAGUUCUCAGAUUUAAGAGGAAUAAAGCCAUAUCUAACACCUCUUCCCAGCUGGCGUGACUGAACCUGGGUGUGAACAGCGUCAGCAUUUUAAAAAGUCAGUUUCUUGUUGCUUUUCUGAGAUCUUUCCAGCUACUUGGGCUUCAUGUGCAAUUUAUUUAACAGGGAAUAUUAGAAAACACCAGUUAAUUUAAAAGAUUUUUAAUUUAUUUUUCUUUUUGUGUAUGAUGAAGUAGUCACUGUAAUUUUCAGUUUAUCAUUUAGGAACUAAAUGUUGUGUGUCUUAUUCUCGUGAGCAUUCUUGAUAGGAUGAAUAAUGUGAAUAUCUUUAGAACUUUUAAGGAACUAAAAAGCAAAAGUACAGUUAACACACUUAAUUUGUGAAAACCUGAGCAGUUUUUUGUGCCCGGCAUCACAGAGGUCUGAACAGACACAUGAGUACAAGUGACUGUGUUCCAUAUUUUGCUAAUGUUUCUGUAUAUUUAAAUCAAAUUAGUUUUUGCUUUUAAAGGAAAACAUGUUUAAGCUAAACAGUAAAUGACUAAGAGCUGUACAUGAUAAAAAUACAUAAAAAUGUGUCUUUGGUGUUCUGUGUUUGUUUUGUUUUACUCCAAGGAUCUUUGAGAUACUGGAACAGUGGGGAAGACGGGUUUUAAGUAACCGAGUCAGAAAAUAUACUAUGGUAUAUGGACUCAUUUUUAAAAUAG